AUGGGGCGCGGCAGCGGCACCUUCGAGCGUCUCCUAGACAAAGCCACCAGCCAGCUGCUGCUGGAGACCGACUGGGAGUCCAUCCUGCAGAUAUGCGACCUGAUCCGCCAAGGAGACACUCAGGCAAAGUAUGCUGUGAGUGCCAUCAAGAAGAAAGUCAAUGACAAGAACCCCCACGUGGCCCUGUAUGCCCUCGAGGUCAUGGAGUCAGUGGUAAAGAACUGUGGCCAGACCGUCCAUGAUGAGGUGGCCAACAAGCAGACGAUGGAGGAGCUGAAGGAGCUGCUGAAGAGGCAGGUAGAAGUCAACGUGCGGAACAAGGUUCUAUACCUGAUCCAGGCCUGGGCGCACGCCUUCCGGAACGAGCCCAAGUACAAGGUGGUACAGGACACCUACCAGAUCAUGAAGGUGGAGGGACAUGUCUUCCCAGAGUUCAAGGAGAGCGAUGCCAUGUUUGCUGCAGAGCGGGCCCCGGACUGGGUGGAUGCCGAGGAGUGCCACCGGUGUCGUGUGCAGUUCAGUGUGGUGACGCGCAAGCACCACUGCCGGGCGUGUGGGCAGAUCUUCUGUGGCAAGUGCUCCUCCAAGUACUCCACCAUCCCCAAGUUCGGGAUCGAGAAGGAGGUGCGCGUGUGUGAGCCCUGCUAUGAGCAGCUGAACAAGAAAGCGGAAGGAAAAGCCGCCCCUACCCCUGAGCUGCCGCCCGAGUACCUGACCAGCCCCCUGUCACAGCAGUCCCAGCUGCCCCCCAAGAGGGAUGAGACAGCACUGCAGGAGGAGGAGGAGCUGCAGCUGGCCCUGGCCUUGUCGCAGUCGGAGGCCGAGGAGAAGGAGCGCAUGAGACAGAAGUCCACUUACACCGCGUACCCCAAGGCGGAGCCCCCACCCGUGGCCUCGUCCGCACCCCCUGCCAGCAGCCUGUACUCCUCACCCGUGAACUCAUCAGCACCUCUGGCUGAGGACAUUGAUCCCGAGCUUGCUCGGUAUCUGAACCGCAACUACUGGGAGAAGAAGCAGGAGGAGGCACGCAAGAGCCCCACACCCUCGGCGCCUGUGCCCCUGGCCGAGCCGGCUGCCCUGUCCAGGGAAGGGCACGCGGCCCCGGGGAGCACAGUGGAGGUGCCCCUCCCAGAGCCUGACUCUCAACCCGUUGCACCCUCUGGGGGUCCUUUCAGUGAGCAGCAGUUCCAGAACGGGGAGUCGGAGGAGAGCCACGAGCAGUUCCUGAAGGGCCUGCAGAAUGCCGUGACCACCUUUGUCAACCGCAUGAAGAGCAACCACAUACGAGGCCGGAGCAUCACCAACGACUCGGCCGUGCUCUCCCUGUUCCAGGCCAUCAACGGCAUGCACCCCCAGCUCCUGGAGCUGCUCAACCAGCUGGACGAGCGUCGGCUCUACUACGAGGGCCUGCAGGACAAGCUGGCCCAGAUCCGUGAUGCCCGGGGGGCCCUCAGCGCCCUGCGGGAGGAGCACCGAGAAAAGGUGCGCCGGGCGGCUGAGGAGGCCGAGCGCCAGCGCCAGAUCCAGCUGGCCCACAAGCUGGAGAUCAUGCGGCAGAAGAAGCAGGAGUACCUGGAAGUGCAGCGGCAGCUGGCCAUCCAGCGCCUACAGGAGCAGGAGAAGGAGCGGCAGCUGCGCCUGGAGCAGCAGAAGCAGACGGUGCAGAUGCGCGCCCAGAUGCCGGCCUUCCCCCUGCCCUACGCCCAGCUCCAGGCCAUGCCCACGGCUGGGGGUGUCAUCUACCAGCCCUCAGGCCCCACCAGCUUCCCCGGCACCUUCAGCCCAGCAGGCUCCGUGGAAGGCUCCCCCAUGCACACAGUAUACAUGAACCAGCCCGCCCAGUCCGGCGGCCCCUACCCCAGCAUGCCUGUGGCAGGAGCAGAUCCCAGCAUGGUGAGCGCCUACAUGUUCCCGGCAGGGGCUGCAGGUGGGCAGGCCACACCCCCAGGCCAGGCAGGGCCCGCCGCCAGCCCAGCCUACUCAUCCUACCAGCCCACGCCUACACAGGCCUACCAGGGCAUGGCCUCGCAGGCCCCACAGAGCCUCCCGACCCUGCCCCAGCCGCCACCGCAGCCUGGGACCGUGGGCUACAUGGGGAGUCAGUCAGUGUCUGUCGGGUAUCAGCCCUACAGCAUGCAGAACCUCAUGACCACCCUCCCCAGCCAGGACACGCCUCUGCCCCCCCAGCAGCCCUACCUCUCAGGGCAGCAGCCUGUAUACCAGCAGAUGGCGCCCACUGCGGGGCCCCCACAGCAGCCCCCACCCGUGGCACAGCAGCUGCCGGCACAGGGGCUGCCGGUCCAGGGGAGCGAGGCUCAACUCAUUUCCUUCGACUGA